AUGACUAUAUACGAUAGUCACCGGAAGAACGAUUACUUUUUAGAAGAAGAAGAAUGGUUUAUAGCCACCGGCCGGAGCGCUACCUUCGACCCUAUAGCUACAGUCCUUCAUUCGUCAUCGCCACUGCUUCCUUCAUCGCCACUCAAUCCUUCAUCAUCUCCGGCAGUCCCAACACAACCUCCUUCUCUGAUUAAGGCAGAAGAAAAUCAAGAAUCACCUAAUCUUAUCAAUGCUUUUGAGCUCAUUGGAAUGUCUUGGAGCCUUGAACUCUUGGGUGUCAAGGUCACAAAGAAUCAAACAUUUCAUGUCUCAUGCAACCACUCAUGUUUUGAAAUAAAGGAUAUUAAAUACAGACCUCCUGGAACUCAACUCAACCUCCUAAAUCACAUUACAUUUACUCUUCAAGAGAAAAGUUUUGGCUUGAUUUUUGGGCCAAGUGGAAGUGGAAAAACUACUCUUUUACAGCUUAUUGCAGGUUUAACUAAACCAACUUCAGGAUCUAUUUACAUUCAAAGAUACACUGAAAACGGUACUCCAAAUCAGCCUCCUGUGUUACUAUCUCCAGAAAGAGUUGGUAUUGUUUUUCAAUUUCCUGAAAGGUAUUUUGUCGCAGAUAAUGUUUUUGAUGAAAUUACAUUUGGGUUGCCUAGACAGAAGACUGACCUUAAAACUAAACAACUUAUUGCUACACGGCUUGAAAAAGCUAUCACUUCGGUUGGAUUAAAUGGUAUUUCUUUGGAUAAAAAUCCAAACUCAUUAAGUGGUGGCUACAAACGUCGCCUUGCUCUUGCUGUUCAACUAGUACAAACUCCAGAGUUACUUGUACUUGAUGAACCUCUAGCUGGUCUUGAUUGGAAAGCGCGUGCGGAUGUUGUUAAGCUGCUCAUGGAUUUAAAAAAGGAAUUGACUAUACUCGUUGUAAGCCAUGACUUAAAAGAGUUAGCACCUCUGGUUGAUAGAUCAUGGCGGAUGAAUGUUGGAGGAGUGCUGAUGGAGGAGCCACUACCGAUAUAAUUUACUCACAAUGUUAUUGAUAAUUAUGAGUAUGAUGUUUAAAAUAUUAUUUAUAAAUUAUAAGAAUAACUGGCCGAUUUUUUUAUUUUUAGUAAACAAGUGGAAGGAAUUAGAAAGUAGAUAAUAAAUUAAGGCCAAAUUACAUAAAAAAACAACUGUAGUUUGGUUCUUUUUUGUUUAA